CUUUAAGUUCUAACUUCUGCUUGCUCAAUCCUCCUUCUCUCGUCGUUCUACCACAACAACCUGAUCACUAGAAGCGUACAUUGUCCUUGGGCUUCGUCGACCUAUUUACUUCUCAACAGCUCUACCACCUGCCAUACUCCCAAUCCAUCACCAUGACGCUCUACUACAGUCUGGUCUUCGCCAUCCUGGUGUCAGAGAUGGUUCUGUUCAUGGCUCUCGUCGUCCCGAUGCCUUUCACCGUCAAGCGGAAAAUGUUCAACUUUAUUUCGGAGAGUCCACUAGUAGCAAAACUACAAUACGGGAUGAAGAUCACUUUCAUCUUCAUUCUUAUUCUUUUCCUCGACAGUGUCAACCGCGUCUACCGUGUCCAAGUUGAAAUGGCCUCUCUGAUGAAUGACGGCACAGGGGCAGGACGAGCUGCUGCAAUGGGUAGCGACCGUAUGGAGGUCCAAGCACGCAAAUUCUACUCUCAGCGUAACAUGUACCUGACCGGCUUCACUCUCUUCCUGUCUCUGAUCCUCAACCGUACCUACGGCAUGAUCCUCGACGUCCUCCGCCUGGAAGAGAAGGUCAAGAUGUACGAGGGAGACCCGCAAGCCGGUGGCAAGGAAGGAGAGAAGCUUGGAAAGCACUAUCGUGCAGACCAAAUCGGAGAACUGAAGAAACAACUUGAGAAGAAAGACAAGGCUUUGGAGGCGAUGAAGAGCCAGGCUGAAGGCUUGCAGAAAGAGUACGACGCCCUAAGCGUCAAGUACAACCAGCUCAACCCCAGCGAUGGUGACAAGAAGAGCAACUAAGGACAAUGCAUGCCGAAGCUGGGCUUGUGUGAACAGUUGGCGUAGAGUGGCGUUGGUGCUGCGUCACGCUAGGAUGAUAGAUACCUUUUUUGGAAGGACGAUAGGAAGGGGAUGCAGUGGCGGGAGGGAGUCAGGACAAGAAGUAGGACGACUCUUUUUGGACUCGACUGAAGAGGUGUCGAGUACAUGCUGUUCCAGCUCAAAAUGGCAAUAGAUAUUAUUUCUGGACGAUGAUGCCACA